AGUGGAAGUCACAUGGGUUUGUGUGACCCAUUGUGCCCAUGUGAGAUGUACCUUGAAUCUACAACUGCGUAAAAAAUAACAUAUUGACUAGAUAAUUCAAAUUCUGUCCGCAAAUAAUGAAGAGAAAGGCAACCGAAAAGACGGUUGAAUCAGAGGGAGGGCAGAUGGAUGAAGACGAGUCCUCUCACAGCGAGGGAGAGAAGGAGGAAGAGGAAGACGAACCCAAGGGAACGAAGAGGAUCAUGAAGCAUGUCGUCUCUGAGGACGGGGUCCUGCGCCCCGUCAAGCUGUCCCGGGGCGAGCUUUACAAACCGCCGACAGCGGAGGAGCUGAACCAGCUGAAGGAGGCGGAGAAGUUGUUCCACUGCAGCUUGCUAAAGAUGCAGAUGGAGGAGCUGCUUAAGGAGGUGGCGCUGAGCGAACACAGGAAGCGGCUGGUGGACUCCUUCGUGCUGAAGGUCACGGCGCUGCUCCACACCGUACCGGAGAGGGAGGAGGCUGAGAUGAGCGAGCAGUCGUGGCUGUCUGAGGAUGUGAAGGUGCCCUUCCUCCUGGUGCCCCAGGCCACCAAGGGCAGGUUCCACAUGGCACCCCCUGCUGAGGUGUCCCUGGUGGGCAGCUACCCCCUGGGGACCUGCACCAAGCCCAGAGUGUCUGUGGACCUGGCCGUCACCAUCCCUGCCGGUGUGCUGCACCCGAAGGACGCCCUAAACCAGAGGUACCCACGCAAGAGGGCCCUGUACCUGGCCGGCCUGGCCCAACACCUCUCCUCCUCUCCUGACAUCGGAACCCUGCGCUACUCCUGUCUCCACGGCGACCGCCUGCGCCCGCUGCUGCUGCUCACGCCCCCCGGCGGAGACUCGGGCAGCCUGACGCUGCGGCUCCACCCCUGCCCCCCCGCGGGGUUCUUCAGGCCCAGCCGUUUCCACCCGCAGAGGAACAACGUGCGCUCCGCCUGGUACACGGGCACGGCCGCCCCGGAGCAGGAUGCCAGUGAACCGCCCACGCCCCACUACAACAGCACGCUGCUCGGAGACCUUCUACCCAAAGUGCACCUGCAGUUCCUGUCUGCCGUUAGCGCCCAGUGCGCUGCCUUCACUGACGGAGUGGCCCUGCUGAAAGUGUGGCUGAGACAGAGAGAUCUGGACCAGGGCUCCGGUUGCUUCAGUGGGUUUGUGGGCUCCAUGUUGGUGGCCUACCUUCUGGCCACUCACAGAGUGAGCAACACCAUGACAGCCUAUCAGCUGCUGAGGAACUGCCUGCACUUCCUGGCCUCUACGGACCUGACUGAGAACGGCGUCACCCUGGCCAGGGACUCCGACUCUACCGCGCCCUCCCUCUCGGAGUUCCACAGUGCGUUCCAGGUGGUCUUUGUGGACCCAUCCGGUCACCUCAACCUGUGUUCAGACAUGACAGCCAACACCUACAAACAGGUUCAGCACGAGGCCACCCUCUCCCUGCAGUUCUGGGACGACCCCACCCUGGACGGGUUCCAGGCCCUCCUCAUGACCCCCAAACCCCUGAUUAGAACCUACGACCACCUGUUCCAGCUGUGCAGCCUGGUCAAGCUCCAGUCCUCCUGUAAGAAGCUCGACCUCCUCAGUGAACUCAUGGACCACAGCGGAAACUACGUGCUCACUGCGCUUCCGUUUAUUCUGUCCCUCCUGCAACGAGGACUUGGAGAAAGGGUCCUCCUUUUGGCACACUCCCUGUCCCCUGUUCUGGAGUGGGCAGUGGACAGCGAACCCCCGAAAUACAAGGACCAGCCCCCCCUGUCCUUCGGCCUGCUGCUGAACCCUGAGUGUACUGCCUCCAUGCUGGAGAAGGGGCCCCCAGCAGACAGCCCCAAGGCAGUGGAGUUCAGGCAGCUGUGGGGCUCUCGUUCUGAGCUGAGGCGCUUCCAGGACGGGUCCAUCACAGAGGCGGUGCUGUGGGCCGGAACAUCAGCCUAUCAGAAGAGACUGGUCCCCCGUGACAUCAUCACUCACCUUCUACAGCUUCAUGCCGAUAUCCCAGAGUCCACUGUCCGUUACACGGGAGGGCUGCUCGAUGAUGUCAUCAAAAGGGGACGGGAGGCGAGCUGUACAGGAGAGGAGGCGGGGCUUAGGGUGGUGCAGGCGUACGACGACCUGAGCCGCAAGCUGUGGCAGCUGGAGGGGCUUCCGCUGUCAAUCACCGCUGUGCAGGGGGCACACCCCGCCCUCCGAUACACCCAGGUGUUUCCUCCAGAGCCUGCGUGGCUGGACUACUCGUUCUUCGGCCGAGAGAAGCAGGCGCGUGCGCUCAUCCCGCUGGAGGACAAGCCUUGUCCCACGUACAUCACCCCCAUUAAAGUGGUCUGUCACAUGGAGGGCAGUGGGAAGUGGCCUCAGGACCACCUGGCCAUCCGCCACAUCAAAGCAGCUUUCCACAUCCGCUUGGGAGAGCUGCUCCACACACAGCACCAGUACACCUGCCACGCCUGCCCAACACACCUGGACGUGUGCAAGGAAGGGCUGGUGUUCCGGGUGCAGGUGGCAUAUCACCGGGAGCCCCAGGUCCUGAGGGAGGUUGUCACCCCGGAGGGGAUGCUCUGUUACCGUGACAACCCCGAGGCCCAGGCCCUGGAGCUGGAGACGGUGCACAAGCCAUACCUCACCAGCACCCUGCACGGGCUCCAGCAGCAGCACCCCUCAUUCGGGGGAGCCUGUCGGCUGGCGAAGCGCUGGCUGGGCGCCCAGCUGUUCAGCGCAGACGUGAGCGAGGACGUGGCGGAUCUCCUGGUGGCUUCACUGUUCCUGCAGGCUGCUCCCUUCACCCCUCCUGGUUCCCCUCAGGUGGGCCUGUUGCGUUUCCUCCACCUGCUGUCCACCUUCGACUGGAAGAACUGCCCCCUAGUGGUCAAUCUCAACGCCCAGCUCACAGUGGCGGACUACGUCGAGAUUAAAAACGACUUCAUCGCGUCGAGGGAAAGCCUGCCGGUGAUGUUCAUCGCCACUCCCAAAGAUAAGAAGCUCUCCGUCUGGACCAAGGACGGCCCAUCUGUACAGAUGCUGCAGCGCCUCACGCUGGUGGCCGCUGAGAGUUUGCGGGUGCUGGAAGCUCAGCUGGUGGACCCCAGCCAGCCACAGGACGUCCGGGUAGCUCUGCGGCCCCCCCUGGAUGUGUACGACGUGCUGAUCCACCUGAACCCCCGGCAGGUGCCCCUGCUCUCCCAGGCCGUAGACCCGCCCCACGCCACCUUCCACCGAGGCUCCGCCCCCGGGGAGGUGACCAGCGCCGGGGGGGCCCUCCCCGUCAUCCACUUCAACCCCGUCAGCCAAUACCUGUCCGAGCUCAGGGAUGCUUUCGGGGACCUGGCGCUGUUCUUCUGUGAUCCGUACGGAGGGACCGUGAUCGCGGUUUUGUGGAAACCUCGGGCCUUCGCCCCCGUGGCGUUCAAGACGUCCCAGAUGGGAGCGCGACGGGUUGAGGUGCGAGGAGAGGAGGCUCACUCCGUCCCCAAUGUAGAGGCCAUCUUGGAGGACUUCCGUAUCUUGGGGGAGGGGCUUGUAAAGAAGGUGGAGCCAAGGACUGAGAGAUGGGUGGUGUGAGGAUGCGCCCCACCCGAACCCCUCCGACCGCUCAACCCCUGGACUGUUCCAGAACAAACUGCUCACUUUGUGCUUUUAUGGACGUUUUUUCCACAAGGAGUUUGUCUUCGUUUUCUGUGUCAUGAUCUCCUAGAUUUAGCAUGUUGAUUAAUGUGAAAGGGCGCAUUUCCCCCAACACAGGGCAGAUUAGUGCAUUCAAAUGGAAUGGAAAAAUAAAAUUGCACACCAUGACACAAA